CCGCGCGUUGUCCAGAUGUCUCGAAGUAUGCCUGCGUUCGUUAGGCUAUCGCUGGUGCUGGGGCUGGUGCUGCUGUCGCUGGGGAGCCUACAGCCCAUAGAGGCACGUUUCUUGCCCCCAGGCCUGCCCGUGAUACCGAAUAUUUGUAAGCAGCCACCGCCGCGGUCUCUGGGUAUUUGCACCAUCCAGAUCGAGGGCUUCUACUACGAUCCCGCCACCUUGGACUGCCAGAUGUACUCGAUUGGGGCAUGCCACUCGACGCCGGGCCAGAGCUUCGGCGAUAUCCAGGACUGCGUCGCCACCUGUGUCCAUGGCGUUAGACGCAACAAGGAUUUGUAUGUGAACGAAGGUUGAGAUGAUUACGAUUCGGAGAGAGUUUGUUGAAUAAAAAAAAUAUCAGCAUCGCGUCAGCGUCUGAACAGCUAACAAA